CAGUAGACAGAUCGUUGACGAUUGACCACACUGAGAGAUUGAGAAGCGAAAUACCCAUUGCACCUGCAAUUAUUACUCUAAAACUUCCUCCAUGGAACGUUUUCAAGACCCACCGAUUUUGGUGAUGAACCUCGAACCACCUUCUGUGAUUUGGCAACAACAACAAACACAGGGUGGAGAGAUGAACUUGCUGGCACAAGAUGCCCAGCAGCUUCAGAGAGAGAUUCCUCUGGACAACAAAGCUAAAUGUCUUCUUACCAAUGAUGGUAAAGAAUAUGAUCACCUCCAGUCUGAGACCAUCACAGAGAUGCAGAGCCAGCCUUUGCAUCUCGACCAGAGCACAGGAGAUGAAACAGAAAGAUUGCUGGACCGGCAAUGCACAAUGAAGCUCGAACCACCUUCUGUGAUUUGGCAACAACAACAAACACAGGGUGGAGAGAUGAACUUGCUGGUUCAAGGUGCCCAGCAGCUUCAGAGAGAGAUUCCUCUGGACAAUAAAGCUAACUGUCUUCUUACCAAUGAUGGUAAAGAAUAUGAUCACCUCCAGUCUGAGACCAUCACAGAGAUGCUGAGCCAGCCUUUGCAUCUCGACCAGAGCACAGGAGAUGAAACAGAAAGAUUGCUGGACAGGCAAUGCACAAUGAAGCUCGAACCACCUUCUGUGAUUUGGCAACAACAACAAACACAGGGUGGAGAGAUGAACUUGCUGGUACAAGAUGCCCAGCAGCUUCAGAGAGAGAUUACUCUGGACAACAAAGUUAACUGUCUUCUUACCAAUGAUGGUAAAGAAUAUGAUCACCUCCAGUCUGAGACCAUCACAGAGAUGCUGAAAGAAAUAGACGGAUUGCUGGACCUGCAGGAACGGCAUAUCGAGGCAGAAGCAAAAAACCUUUUGUGUGAAAAGACACGCAUAAAGGAGAUGAAGGAGGCUCUGGAGAUGGAAAGGCAAAGAAUGACCAGAGAGACUGAGGCCUUCAACAAAGAGAUGGCUAUGGCGAGAGAAGCCUACUCUAAAGAAAAGUCUGACAUGCAGAGGAUGAGAGAGUCUUUCCAGUUUGAGAGAGAGGACAUAGAAAAAGAGAGAAAAGCCUUCAAAAAAGAACUCAAGGCCAAAUGUAAGAGGAAGAGGGCCUUUAAUGCUGAAAAAAACACUAUGUGUCAGCAAAGGAAGGACUUCAACAUAGAAAAGAAAGAAAUGUCCAUGGCUAGAGAAGCCUACUCUAAAGAAAAGUCAGACAUGCAGAAGAUAAGAGAGUCUUUCCAGUUGGAGAAGGAGAACAUAGAAAAAGAAAGAGAAGUCUUCAAAAAAGACCUCAGGGUUCAUCGUAUGAAAAGAAAGGCCUUUGAUGCCGAAAAUGACGCUAUGGUUGAUGACAGGAUGUCCUUUGAUAUAGAAAAAGAAGAGAUGGCAAUGAUGCGGAAGGCCUACCUCCAAGAAAAAGCUGGCAUUCAGAAUAUGAGAGAUGCUUUUCAGUUGGAGAGAGAGAAUAUCGGAAAAGAAAGAAAAGCCUUCAACAAAGAACUCAAGGCAAAAUAUAAGAGGAAGAGGGCCUUUAUUGCAGAAAAAACUGCCAUGUGUGAGGAAAGGAAGGACUUCAACAUAGAAAAGAAAGAGAUGUCCAUGGCUAGAGAAGCCUACUUUAAAGAAAAGACAGACAUGCAGAAGAUGAGAGAGUCUUUCCAGUUGGAGAAGGAGAACAUAGAAAAAGAAAGAGAAGUCUUCAACAAAGACCUCAGGGUUCAUCAUAUGAAGAGAAAGGCCUUUGAUGCCGAAAAUGACGCUAUGGUUGAUGACAGGAAGUCCUUUGAGAUAGAAAAAGAAGAGAUGGCAAUAAUGCGGAAGGCCUACCUCCAAGAAAAAGCUGGCAUACAGAAGAUGAUAGAGUCUUUCCAGUUGGAGAAGGAGAACAUAGAAAAAGAAAGAGAAGUCUUCAACAAAGACCUCAGGGUUCAUCAUAUGAAAAGAAAGGCCUUUGAUGCUGAAAAUGACGCUAUGGUUGAUGACAAGAAGUCCUUUGAGAUAGAAAAAGAAGAGAUGGCAAUGAUGCGGAAGGCCUACCUCCAAGAAAAAGCUGGCAUUCAGAAUAUGAGAGAUGCUUUUCAGUUGGAGAGAGAGAAUAUCGGAAAAGAAAGAAAAGCCUUCAACAAAGAACUCAAGGCAAAAUAUAAGAGGAAGAGGGCCUUUAAUGCUGAAAAAAACACUAUGUGUGAGGAAAGGAAUAACUUCAACAUAGAAAAGAAAGAGAUGUCCAUGGCUAGAGAAGCCUACUCUAAAGAAAAGACAGACAUGGAGAAGAUAAGAGAGUCUUUCCAGUUGGAGAAGGAGAACAUAGAAAAAGAAAGGGAAGCCUUCAACAAAGACCUCAGGGUUCAUCAUAUGAAGAGAAAGGCCUUUGAUGCCGAAAAUGACGCUAUGGUUGAUGACAAGAAGUCCUUUGAGAUAGAAAAAGAAGACAUGGCAAUGAUGCGGAAGGCCUACCUCCAAGAAAAAGCUGGCAUACAGAAGAUGAGAGAUGCUUUUCAGUUGGAGAGAGAGAAUAUCGGAAACGAAAGAAAAGCCUUCAACAAAGAACUCAAGGCCAAAUAUAAGAGGAAGAGGGCCUUUAUUGCAGAAAAAACUGCCAUGUGUGAGGAAAGGAAGGACUUCAACAUAGAAAAGAAAGAGAUGUCCAUGGCUAGAGAAGCCUACUCUGAAGAAAAGUCAGACAUGCAGAAGAUAAGAGAGUCUUUCCAGUUGGAGAAGGAGAACAUAGAAAAAGAAAGAGAAGUCUUCAACAAAGACCUCAGGGUUCAUCGUUUGAAAAGAAAGGCCUUUGAUGCCGAAAAUGACACUAUGGUUGAUGACAGGAAGUCCUUUGAGAUAGAAAAAGAAGAGAUGGCAAUAAUGCGGAAGGCCUACCUCCAAGAAAAAGCUGGCAUACAGAAGAUGAUAGAGUCUUUCCAGUUUGAGAGAGAGGACAUAGAAAAAGAAAGAAAAGCCUUCAAAAAAGAACUCAAGGCCAAAUAUAAGAGGAAGAGGGCCUUUAAUGCUGAAAAAAACACUAUGUGUGAGGAAAGGAAUAACUUCAACAUAGAAAAGAAAGAGAUGUCCAUGGCUAGAGAAGCCUACUUUAAAGAAAAGACAGACAUGGAGAAGAUAAGAGAGUCUUUCCAGUUGGAGAAGGAUAACAUAGAAAAAGAAAGACAAUCAUUUGAGAUGGAAAAGAUGGCAUUGAAAAACAUGAUAAAAGCUUUCAAUCAAAAAGAAAAAGACAUCCAGAGGAUGAGGGAAGCUUUGAUUAAAGAGGCAGCCGUGUACUGCCUAUUCCGAGCCAUUACAACCGAUGGUGUCAAGUCAGACAAUUCAUCAUCCAGCUCCAUUUGCAGGGAUGAACACGGCAACUGCACCAAAAAACGCAGGAGAUGAAAUCCCUCCAAGGAGACUUCACAAGCAUUCGACUGGCUAUGCAUAUUACUGUACAUGCCAUCAUUGCAAGUUGACUGUUUUACUGUCUGUGUAUGCUAAAAAAUAAAUUUUCAUUCUGAAUGUAUGCUGUUGAAACAGU